CCAGCCUGAGCCAGACGCGGCGGCGAGAGCGGCGGGGGCGGCUGGCUGCGGACUUACCGAAGCCUCGGUGCAAAGCCAGCGGGGCCCAGUGGCGCCAGCCGGUCACGUGCGCGGCCCCUCCUCCCGCCUCGCUCUCCAUUCAUAAAUUCUCCGUCUGCUCCGUGGCCACCGGCUCCGGAGCCUCGGGGAGCACCGCGCAGCGUCCCCGCCCUCCCGCCGCCCAUGGGCCGCUCGCCCCGGCGCUGAGCCUCAAAAUGCAGCCCACGGCCACCAUGGCCACUGCCACCGCUGCCACCGCCACCGUUGCCCUGACAUCAUCGUGGGACAAUGUCACCAGCCGCCCCACGGCGGAGCCGGACCCCAUCUUGGAUAACUACGUACUGCUGGUGGUCGUGAUGUCGCUGUUCAUCGGGGGCACGCUGGUGGUGCUAUCUGGUGUCCUUUUACUCUGCAAACGUUGCUGGGAGGUGCAUCAGCGCUUCAACAGAGCUAUGAAUGAAGCAGAGAAAACCACCACUACCUACCUAGACAACGGUACCCACCCCGCUCAAGACCCCGACUUCAGUGGGGAAGACCCAGAAAACCAGGACACAGAGACCGAACGCUUCCUCUCCACCAGCUCCACCGGACGCCGAGUGUCCUUCAACGAAGCUGCCCUGUUUGAACAGAGUCGCAAGGCACAGGACAAGGGACGCCGGUAUACCCUAACAGAGGGGGACUUCCACCACCUGAAAAAUGCCCGCCUCACCCAUCUGCACCUCCCGCCGCUUAAGAUAUCUACUAUCCAUGAGUGUGACUCUGGCGAGGCCAGUGCAGCUGCCACCCCCCACCCUGCCACCCCCCCCAAGGACAGCCUGGCCAUUUUCCAGCCCCGAGGGAAGGCCCUCGCUGGCCGCUCUGUGGGCCCCAGCUCUGCCCUGCCAGGUGACCCCUACAACUCCGCAGCAGGUGCUGCCCACUUCUCGGAGAUCAGCCCUUCAACCUCCAGCGACUCUGGGGAAGGAACCUCGUUGGAUGCGGGUUCCCGGGGUGUCAAGUCUGCUGGACCCGGACCUGAGGUGGUGCCCGGGGAGGCAGGCACAGGCUCCUCCGGGGCAGGCACCGUACUGCAGUUCUUCACCAGGCUACGCCGUCAUGCCAGCCUGGAUGGAGCCAGCCCCUACUUCAAGGUCAAGAAAUGGAAAAUGGAGCCUAGCCAGCGGGCAUCCAGUCUGGACACAAGAGGUUCUCCUAAGAGGCACCAUUUCCAACGGCAGCGGGCAGCCAGUGAGAGCAUGGAGCAGGAGGAGGAUGCUCCCCAUGGGGAGUUCAUUCAGUACAUCGCCAGUGCAGGCGACGCUGUGGCCUUCCCACCCCCCCGCCCCUUUCUGGCCAGCCCCACCAGCCCGCCCCCCACUCUCGGCAGGCUAGAGGCGGCCGAGGCAUCGGGAGGAGCGAGCCCCGAGUCUCCCCCAGAGCGCAGCAUCACUUUGGGGCCCGAGCAUGCGCAGCAGGAUCAGCAGCAGCAGCAGCAGCAGGAGCAAGACACCGAGCAUGCGCAGUCCAGCUACCGUGACUUGUGGAGCCUUCGUGCGUCACUCGAGCUGCACGCGGCCACCGCAUCGGACCACAGCAGCAGCGGCAAUGACCGUGACUCCGUGCGCAGCGGCGACAGCUCGGGCUCCGGUGGCGCAGCCCCGGCCUUCCCGCCCCCGCCCGAGUCCCCGCCCCUGCCACGGCCUAAGGACGGUGAGUCCCGCCGCCUGCUGCAGAUGGACAGCGGCUAUGCGAGCAUCGAGGGCCGCAGUGCGGGCGACGACACCCUUGAAGCCCUCGGCCCAGCCCGCAGUCCUCCCAGCAGUCCACGAGCCUGGCCGCGCAGGCCGCGGCGUGACUACAGCAUCGACGAGAAGACGGACGCACUGUUCCAUGAAUUCCUGCGCCACGACCCGCACUUCGACGAUGCGCCGCGCCACCGCGCACGCGCGCACCCCCAUGCGCGGAAGCAGUGGCAGCAGCGAGGACGUCAACACAGUGACCCUGGCGGCGCUCGUGCGGCUGCCACCUUCGCCUCUGCGGCCACGCCCCCCGGAGCUGCCCGUCCAGCGCGUGCGCCCUUGCGUCGGGGUGACAGCGUCGAUUGUCCCUCUGAAGGCCGCGGCCUAGCGACCGCAGGUGACGACCCAGCCAUCCCCGUCAUCGAGGAGGAGCCCGGAGGCAGCUGUCCCGGGUCAGGGCUGUGUGUGGAGCCCGCGGGCGCGCUGCUGGACAAGCUGGCGGCCGGCCUCGAUGAGAGACUCUUUUCCCCGCGCCUCGCCGAGCACGUGGCCACGGCCCCGACGCUCGUAGCCGCCGCUCCCACGUCCCCCGAUCGCAGCCCGGCGUAAGCCACGAAUCCCCGACCCGCCUCUCGGCAGCUUCGCAGAUUCGGUGCCGCGGGGAGGCCACAGCGGCGAGAGCGGGAGCAACCUGGGCUGCAGUGCAGCCAGGCGACGUAUGUCGUCUCGAGUGCGCAUGCGCGCAGCUCUGGCGGCCUGGGCGCUCUCCUGAUGCACGCUCACAGCCCGCUCCCGGUGCUUAGCGGGUGGCAAAGGCCUCCCGUGGUGCAAGGCUCCAGGAGGGAGGAAAACUGGGCCUUCGAGAUCAGAGUCACAUCCUAAGGUUGUAGGGUCCAAGAAGCAAACGUAUUCACUCUCGGGACACAGACCUCCUGCCAGGACCUGAGUCAUCAGCACGUGCUGGUGGCUGCCAGGCGCAUGCGUGAACCCAGCAGUAAGUCCAGGGCCGUGGGGCUCUAAGAAAGGAGGACGAGCUCGCUAUCUGGGGUACAGGCUGAGCUGCAGCCACCAACCCGCAUGUGCACAGGCCCCCUUUGUCCCUCCCCGCCAGCCACAGGCUGCAGAUGGACAGAUCGGUCUUCGGCAGCUUCAAGUUUCCCAAGCUUUAUUUAUUGCCAAAAGACGGGGCGCAGCGCCCCUGCCCUGCUCCACCCCCUUGUCUCUGUUGAGCAUAAACGUCUCUGCAACUAGC